CUGUGAGUUAGUCAUUUCUGUCAGUGUCAUUUAAUACUGUGUCCUAAAUAUUUUCGAUUCGCAAGUAUUGGAAUUUAAAUGGUGUGUAGUUUUUAAAGUACCGUUAUAGGCGUUACACUCAAUUAAAACUGGUUUUGCGUAACGCUAUCGCUGUAGAACUUGUUUAGUUUCAUAAUGCAUAUUUAUUUUAUUGCAAUAUUUAUAAUACAUGGAUGUCACCAUGGCACAGGGCACCCUGUGGUGGUGGCCAAAGACGCAAGCCUAUUACAAAACCUUGCGAAUACUUGUGAAAACCACUUCCUCGCCGAAACAAUCCGAAACAAAGUUAAUAAUUGCACAAUGAAUGGAUCGGUCACUAAUCAGGCUGAUCUAGAGUGUUACAUGUUUUACGACAUAAACACCCGGCUAUGUGCAGCGUUAGGGCAUUCAGAACUAGAUUUACAAGCGGACUACAAUAGUAAAAUGCAGAAGAGCCAAAAUGUUGCUGCAUUGUGUGCUGGCGCUAAAGAUUGGAAGUUCGCUACCAUACACCCCAAUCCUGCUUUAAGCGUGCUAGUUAAAGUAUUCAGUGAUCCAGUGAAUUGUCAAAAAUUAUGUGGUGUUGGUGAACUUCUCAGUCAAGAUGCUAACUACUAUUGCAAAUACUUCAAAUGGGGUACAGAGGUGAUACACAUUUUGGCACCUGCACAAACAUUGCCAAUACAAGAAAUCAAUAAAAUCUCGGCUGCUGGAGCCCCAGUCUUGAGUCAUGGUAAAAACGAUGCUACUGCACCAUCUAUCAAUACUAAUAAUGUGUCUGUAUCCUCAACCAAUAUAGAAGUAAAUUCUGAUAACACUAAGCUGACAAAACCUGUUGAAUCUAAGAAAGAAGAUAGUUUAGAAAAGUCAGUGCAGGAACAACAGGAGGUACCCACAUCAACUGCUAAUCAGACCUCAGGGCUGGAAAAAACAUCUGCAAUUAGCAAUGGUGGGAAAAUAAUUAAACCAUCUACAGUCCCAGUCAGAGUUUCAUCGGUAAAAAAUGAAUUGGAGCACCCAGCUGUUGAAGAGGAACCACCUAAGAAAGAUGAAGUGGAAAAAAAUGGAGUGCCAUUGGAAGAUCCUAAGGAUUUGACUGAUGUUAAAGGAAAACUUGACGAUAUAAAUCCAGAGGACGAUGAAAAUGAUAACGAUGAUUACGAUCAACAUGACGAAACAGUGGAUAAGAUUAACAAAAAUGACAAUGGUGGAGUAGAAUCUGAUCCAGAUGUUGUGUUCAAGAGCAACAAUAAUCCUAGUUUGAAAAUUGAGUCGAUUACGUUUCCUCCUCAAAAAGUUCCAGACAUGUACCAAAACGGCAUCCCAGACUCGUACACAGAUGAUGAGGACCACUUCUUCCCGAUUUUCUUGACCGGAAUAAUCCUUGUGGUCUUGCUGUACAUAUUGUAUCACAAUAAAAGCAAAUUCACUAAAGUGAUUUUAGGUCUUCUUGUGGAAGGUAGGCAAUCAAGUCGACGAAGAAACAGCAGAGGCCACGCCUACCGACGCUUGGACACACUGGAACAAGCCAUGAACUCCAAUACAGCGGCGCCGCCAAGUAAAAUUAUAUACUGAGUAAGAUUCUAUUCUUUUUAGGCGUACAAAGUAAUAAUUGUGAAACUACUUCAAAUCCAAGAGGAAAAUUUUUGUAGUCCAAGAAACUGGUUUAGCACAUUACCCUUUCAUUCCUAUGUAUGUUACUAUAUCUACAUAUUGGAGCGAUACGCGACAUCGUUUGAAGCGUACAUACACGUUUGAACUUACUCGCUUUUCGUAAAUAAUAGUAUUAAAUCAACUAUUUCUUUAUUCAAAUAUUGACAUCUUGCACUUGCAUAGAUGGCACUUUUGUAUGUGUAUACUUCGUAAAAAUGUGUACAAUUGACAAAUCCAUGUGAUGCCACGAGGGUUCUAAGAAAGAAGCCCAAAAUUAACUGGGUGUUUUUUGCCAUCACCAUCUCAUUUGCUUCUUUAAAAUGAUGUAAAAAAAACCUAGUUAGAGCAAUAAUUCACAUCCAAGCUUUUUUUUUAUCGUUUAGGUAAUUGUAUAAAUAGAACCUUUCUUUAACUAGUAUAAGUAAGUUUAAUAUUAACUUUGAACUAUAUAAGAGACAUCUCAAGAUGUCAAUCGGUAAUUUAUUGUAAAAAUGUAUACAAUUUCCUUUUUAAGCGAUAUGUUCUAAUGCGCGCUUAUCAAGGCUAAGGAAAUGGGGGCCCACUCUGGAGAGGCGGUUUACUCAAAGCGUGUGUGUACGCUUCACUCUUUGCAAUGCGGUUAACAAAACGCGUGCGUCAAAGCGGCUUAUGUGAGCCAGCUUCUUAGAUCUGACUGCGCAAAAACUGCCUAAUUAACAAGUUAAUAUACACAGAAAUGGUGUAACCAAUUUCUCUUUCAUGGUAUUUGUAUAACUAGAUUUAUGUCAGAAGUGGAAAAAAAAAAAUAAAAAAAAAAUUAUCUACAAGUUUUUCUUAAAUUUUCCAAAAAUUCCGAGGAAAUUUAUUUAUUAAAACCAUUAGGAAUUAGUUAACAAUUGUUUAUUAUUAAUUAAAAGAUUCCGCCCGCAUGAUCGUGGAUCUCCUGCUAAACCAAAAUAUUGUUUCAGGAUAUUUUUUUUAUAUGUGCCAAUUUUUAUUCAAAUUCGUUUAAACGUGUAUGAGUUUAUAAUAUGAUGUAAAAAGUACAUUAAAUUGAAAGUCAACUGAACUCUUUUAUUUCACUUUACAAUGUUUUAUAAUGUACUCUUACAUAAAUAUAAAUACAAAAAAAAUGUAGAAAUAAAUUACCAAUACUUAUAUUUACUGUACUAUAUCUAUUGAUAUUGUAGUAUAUUAUACGGGACAUUCAAGGCGGACAGAAGUUCGGGGGUUUUAGAGUAUGGGGGCAAAAGAGAGUCAUGCGCAAUAGUAUUCUGAGUGACAUUUUUCAUACAAAUUACCCAUACAAAAGAUCCCAGCUCCUGUAUGUAGUAGUACUUUAAUCUAUUGAAUAGUAUUAUGAGAACGCUGCUUUAUAUUAUCCCUAUAAUUUAUUCUUAUUAUUGAAUAUUUAUUUCUGCGAACUAAUAAAAAUUGAAGAGAUCAUUUUCUGUAAGUUUCAAAAAUGAUAUCCUGUCCUUGCCUAGUCUAUUUAUUUUCUUAAACAUCGUUUCAUUAUAUCGGUAUAUAAUAGGGAUGUUGAUAAAAUUCAUCUUUUAAAUUCAUUCGCGAGUAUAAAUAAAGAA